AUGAAGAUAAUAGUCAUAUUUAGCAUAAUAACGAUUGCCUUGGGAUUAGACAUUUUGCCAUAUGUAAAACCGACCACUAUAAACACUGAGUUAUUAUUGACCUACAAGUCUAAUAUGAUACAAGUCGACAAAUAUCAGGAUAUUAACAUAUCAGAACUAGAUAACAACAAAGUGAUUCAAGUCAUUUCAACUAAUUCAUAUAUUUUCAACGAUCAAAUUGUCGAUAAUAUAUUUCACCAACUCUCAAAAACGACAAAAUCAUCCACAAAAUAUAUUGAAGUAUCAUAUGAAGAUGCAAUCAGUGUAUCUCAAUCUCAAACAUGGGCCAGGUUUAAAAAUUGUAUACCCAAUCAUUCCCAGAAUCGAGCAACUUAUAAACAAGGUUGGUCAAUGGAUAUUGGAUCUGGUGGUAAUGCAAGGUUGGAUUUUAGUAAUUUCUUGGGUGGAAUUGGUCCAGCAUUUAAAAAUGAAUUAGUUGGUAGUUUUGGUAUUGGUGGAAGUAUAACUUGUGAAAUUAAUGCUGGAAAUCAUUUACAAGUUGCCAUAUUAGUAAAAAGUUUUGCAAUUGAUAAGGUUAAACAACGUGAAGUGAAAUUUACAAAAUUUGGUUUAAAAAAAUCCAAAAAAAAGGGUUGGUCCUUUUUCCCAAAAUUUAUAUUGCUUGAUAAAAAAAGUCUUGAAAUUGCUUGUAUUACAAACCCCAAAUUCUUAGAUUGUUCAUAG